AUGGAGUCUGCACAUCUCAUCCACGCCCACGACCACGCCCGCACCGCCGCGACCGCCACCAGCACCAACAGCGUCGCAACCGCGGGGCAGGAGCAUGAUCUCGCCGCGACCGCCUUCCACAAGGCCACCCAAGAUACCCACGAUGCUGAGGCCCUCCGCAUCCUCAGUCUCCUCGAAGACCACCAUCGCAAGCUUGCCGGUCUGAUCAAAGAAGCACCGCGCAAGGACAAGAAGAAGACAGACGCCGCCAAACAGCCCUCUGACUUGUCCGCCGCCUCUACCUCGCCAAACACGUCGUCGUCGCGAGCCUCUCCAGCCAACACAUCUUCUCCGACACCCCCGACAUCCCGCCGCAGACUGCCCCAGUCCUCGAUAGCCACCAACCUCGCCGAGAAGCGCGGCAUCCCCAGCGCGAAGAGAACCACCAGUGGCGCGUCAGCAAACAUACCCAGCGCCACAGCCGGCCGGACCGAGCAGCCUUCCACGCCUGUGCGCGAUCUACUGGCGCAGCAGUCGCGCAAAGCAGAGUCGAAUGCCACCAGAGACUCAGCGAAGCAGCUGAAAGGCGCCUCUCCACAACCUGCAUGCCCGCCCGCAGAGGACAAUUUCAGUCGCUUCUACUCGGCUUUUGGGGGUGUCAUAUCCGCCAUCAGCGCUCCUCUAGCCUUCACUUCCCUUCCCCUCAACCCCUCCGCUCCAACGCCUGUGUCGGAGACACCUAGGGAAGAGAAAUCCUCCAAGACCAAGUCCCGAACGCACUCUCCAGAAGCGUCCAGAACCGUCAAAUCCUCCGUACCAGAUCUCGCUGCCUUGAUCAGCAAGCCGGCACUUCGCGCCCUGAGAGAGGAUGGCGCACCCGGGCCCAACGAAAGCUUCUACCUGGUGCCAACAUCGAGCGGAGCAGUCACAUACGCCAGCAUCCUUCGCGAUCCGAAUGCGCCGAAUGCACUAAACACACAGCUAAAUGCCAUCGAUGAAGGAUCAGGCUCGCUGCGAGGGAGUUCACACGAAGAGUUUGUCGACGCGAGAGAGAACGUAGGCCCGCCUUCGCCCACCAAAGCACGUCGUCCCCCUUCCCGCGGCAACUCCAGCACAUCCGUAACGCCCCAGCGCUCCAUUCCAGCCGGCCGAGGCUCAGGCCUCAAGACCAUGGAGGAGCUAGCCCUGGAAAACGACACGCUGAAAUCAGUCAUCGACAAACAAGCCAAGCGCAUCCAGAUGUGGGAGCUCAACUCCCAGAACUCCUUCAACGCCCUCGCACAGUCCUUCCGUGCUCGAGGACCCGGACGUGGCUCCAGCGAUCCCAAUGCUCUCGCUCACGCCCCCGCUUCUCAAGGCAUCAACACCCUUCCGGCUCUCCCUUCCCCUCCCAUACCAGGCCACCCCCAACAACAACCUACUUCCCCCGGCCAGCCUCCGACAUCCGCCCCCGACGCCGACGCCGCGAAACGCAUCGCCGAACUCGAAGCUAGGGUUGCCUCGCAAGACGCAAAGUACAACGAUUUGUUGAGUGCCAAUGAGAAGCUGGCCAAGCAAAGCGAAAGGGACAAGCAGGUGUUAAGCAGAUAUAGAGAACAAUGGGAGAAACUAAAGGCGGGCGCGAGGAAGAAGGAGCAGGAAAGACGGGAGAGGAAGGUUCCGGAUGGCAAGGUGGAGGAGUCGAUGAAAGAAAGUGUGGCUACUGAGACACAAGGGGAGGGAGAAGGGGUAGAGGAGUUGGAGGAUGAGCCUGGGUUUGGAAAGGCUUGA